GGGAAGCUUCAUCGUUGCGAGAUUAUGCUGCCACCACCAUGAAUGAGUUCCUGGGCAUGUUCGGCUAUGAUGAUCAGAACAUGCGGGAUGAGCUGGCCCGCAAGAUCAGCUUUGACAAGCUGAAUGCUGCUACCUCAGAGGCCACUGCAACUGCUGCCUCUCUUCCUGGCGAGGAUGCCAUGAGCAAACGAGCCCGCUUCUCCAAGUAUGAGGAAUACAUCCGCAAACUGAAAGCUGGAGAGCAGCUCUCUUGGCCCAUGCACUUGGCCAAAUCUGAGGAGUUGGGCUCAAAGCUGGGCAAAGAAACUUCCUCAGUGCUGGCACAGCCCAUUCGGGUGCCAGGUCCAGAUGCCUCCAUGCUCACGGAGACCAAAGCCACCAUCCUGCCACUGCCCUCUCCCAGCAGUUCCCAGAUGCAGGGCCUGAUGUCACGGGCCUCCAAAUAUGACUUCUUCAUUCAGAAGCUGAAGACGGGUGAGAGCAUCAGGCCACAAAAUGGCAACACUUACAAGAAGGCCUCCAAGUAUGACCUAGAAAAUGUCAAGUACUUGCACCUUUUCAAGCCUGGAGAAGGAAGCCCAGAUAUGGGAGGAGCCAUCGCCUUCAAGACAGGCAAGGUAGGCCGGCCAUCCAAGUAUGAUGUGAGGAACAUUCAGAAGCUUACUCCAGUAAAAGCUCCAGCACCCAGCCUGGCCCCUGCUCCCCUCGCCAGUACCCCCAGCAGCACUCCUGUGGCCGGGCCAGAGCAGUCCGUCUCAUUGCCGUUCAACACUCCGGAGUACCUGAAAUCAACUUUCUCCAAGACAGACUCCAUCACAACUGGAACAGUCUCUACAGUAAAGAAUGGAUUACCCACUGACAAACCAGCUGUCAGCGAAGACGUAAAUAUUUACCAGAAGUAUAUUGCCAGGUUCUCUGGCAGUCAGCACUGUGGACAUAUACACUGUGCAUACCAGUAUCGAGAACAUUACCACUGCCUUGACCCAGAGUGCAACUACCAGAGAUUCACUAGUAAACAGGAUGUGAUUCGGCAUUACAACAUGCACAAGAAACGUGAUAAUUCCCUCCAGCACGGCUUCAUGCGCUUCAGCCCCUUGGAUGACUGUAGCGUGUACUAUCAUGGCUGCCACCUGAAUGGGAAAAGCACACACUACCACUGCAUGCAGGUGGGUUGUAACAAGGUCUACACAAGCACUUCUGAUGUGAUGACCCAUGAGAACUUUCACAAGAAGAACACGCAGCUCAUCAAUGAUGGGUUUCAGCGGUUCCGUGCCACGGAGGACUGCGGCACUGUGGAAUGCCAGUUCUACGGCCAGAAAACCACUCACUUUCAUUGCAGGCGACCUGGGUGUACAUUCACCUUCAAGAACAAGUGUGACAUUGAGAAGCACAAGAGCUACCACAUCAAAGAUGACGCCUAUGCCAAGGAUGGCUUCAAGAAGUUCUAUAAGUAUGAGGAAUGCAAGUAUGAGGGCUGUGUCUACAGCAAGGCCACCAACCACUUCCACUGCAUAAGGGCAGGUUGUGGCUUCACCUUCACCUCCACCAGCCAGAUGACCUCCCAUAAACGCAAACAUGAGCGCCGGCACAUCCGGAGCUCAGGAGUGCUGGGUCUGCCUGCCUCUCUUCUGGGGUCCAAGGAUAAUGAGCAAGAGGAGUCCAGUAAUGAUGACCUUAUUGAUUUCUCCGCUAUGAGCUCGAAGAACUCCAGCCUGAGUGCCUCCCCCACCAGUCAACAGUCUUCCGUUUCUCUCAUAGUCCCAGCUGCGCCCUCCUCUGGUGCUGAGCUUGCUUCCUCACAGGCCAGCAAAUCUGCCAACAGCAUGACACCAGCCACUAAGAUCUCUGGCCUGCUCUCCCAGGCUCUUCCCAGCAAUAUACCCUUGGCCCUGGCACUCUCCAACUCAGCACUUUCUGGAACAGCUGGAUCCUUCUUCCCCAUCAUCCCCAGUCGGGUCUCUACACCACUUCCUGCCAGCUCAGCUAAUCUGAUGACUGCUGGUUCUUCUGGCACCAAUCCAACAUCAUCUGCUUCUACGGAUUCCUCAUCCCAGGCCAUUUCAGGAUCUGGUGAGCCAGCAGCUACUUCUUCUCCAGCUCCAGCGGCAUCUAUAAUGGAAAGGAUCUCUGCUAGCAAGGGAUUAAUCUCUCCUAUGAUGGCCAGGCUGGCAGCAGCUGCACUCAAGCCCUCUGUGGCACUUGAAGCAGCAGGGAAUGGACAACCAGCAGCUCCGGGACGGUUCAAUCCAGUUCAAGUGAAGCAGGAACCCGUGGAGGCCAUGGGAUUGUCAUCUGCCACCAGUCAGGACUCCUUGCAGGAGCACAGCUUGGACCUGAGCAUCAAGGAUCAUGGUAAUGAAUCAAAUGGCCACACAGUCUCGGCAAAUUCAUCUCUUUUAUCCUCGCUUAUGAAUAAGAUGUCCAAGACCAGUUUGCUGAACAUUAAGACAGAAGGAGAUGGCAGCCAGGCUGGGGCUGCAGAGCCAACACAGUACUUGGGCAAGGCAGUGAAGGCACUUGUCCAGGAGAAGCUCUCUGAGCCAUGGAAGAUGUACCUGCGCCGGUUUGGUACCAAGGAUUUCUGUGAUGCGCAGUGCGACUUUCUUCAUAAGGUGCAUUUCCAUUGUGUGGUGGAGGAAUGCGGUGCCCUCUUCAGCACCCUGGAUGGAGCCAUCAAGCAUGCCAAUUUUCACUUCCGAACUGAGGGUGGAACUGUGAAAAAUAACUCUGAGUCUCCCUUCUCAACUACUACUGAGAAUAAGGCUUCACUGGCCCCUUCAUCACCAUCUGCUACUUCUGUCACCAUGGCAAGUGCUCCUGCCCUCGAUGUGCCCACUCCAAGUCCAGCUACUGUGCCCUCUGCCCCUACACUGCUAGCUUGGAAGCAGCUGGCUUCAACCAUACCCCAGAUGCCUCAGAUCCCAGCGUCAGUGCCUAACCUGGCAACUUCACCCUUGGCAACAACUUCCCUGGAGAACGCCAAGCCUCAGGUCAAACCCGGAUUUCUCCAGUUCCAGGAGAAUGAUCCCUGCCUGGCAACGGACUGCAAGUAUGCCAACAAAUUCCACUUCCACUGUCUCUUUGGGAACUGCAAGUAUGUGUGCAAAACCUCUGGCAAAGCAGAAUCCCACUGCCUGGACCACAUCAACCCCAACAAUAAUUUGGUGAAUGUGCGAGACCAGUUUGCUUACUAUUCAUUGCAGUGUCUCUGUCCAAACCAGCACUGUGAAUUCAGGAUGCGAGGGCAUUACCACUGUCUUCGUCCUGGCUGCUACUUUGUUACUAACAUCACCACCAAACUGCCCUGGCAUGUGAAAAAACACGAGAAGGCAGAGAGAAGGGCAGCCAAUGGCUUCAAGUAUUUUACCAAGCGAGAAGAGUGUGGCAGACUAGGUUGCAAAUACAACCAGGUGAACAGCCACUUCCACUGCAUUCGAGAGGGCUGCCAGUUCUCCUUCCUGCUCAAGCACCAAAUGACAUCCCAUGCCAGAAAGCACAUGAGAAGGAUGCUGGGGAAGAACUUUGAUCGUGUUCCUACUCAGGUUAUUGGCCACACUCCAAGAAAUGAAAAUCUCCCCCAGGUUGGCAGCAUGGCACCCAGCCCAGCCUCAUCAGGAACCCCAGCUUCCUUUCAGGGACCCCCGAGCAUGAUGGACACUGAAACAGAUGAGUACAUGGACUACACUGGCUGUAGCCCUGGGGGUAUCUCCUCUGAAUCUUCCAAUAUGGACCGCAGCUGCUCCAGCACUCCAGUGGGCAAUGAAAGUACAUCAGCAGGCUGCCUCGUUCCUUCUACUGCUACUGCUGCUGCCGAUGAUGCUACCCACAAUGCACCACAACCUCAACCACCAUCUCUGCCUCCAUCUUUCUCACAAGCCCUGCUUAGGUCUCCCCUUCCCACCCUCCCCUAUCUUUUCUCUCCAUCUUGUCUCUCAUACUCUCUGCUCAGUGCUACUCUUGGAUCCAGCAGAGGCAUUGUCAUGCCUGCCGCCAGCACCACUGGGUUUUCGCCCAUCAUUGCCACUCCAACUCCAGUAAAAAGUGACGUUCCCUUAGUUCAGGAUGCAGCAGGGAAUACCAUCACUAUGCCAACUGCCUCGGGGGCCAAAAAGCGUUUCUGGAUUAUUGAGGACAUGUCCCCAUUUGGCAAGCGCCGCAAGACCGCAUCCUCACGCAAGAUGCUGGAUGAAGGGAUGAUGCUGGAGGGAUUUCGGCGCUAUGACCUCUACGAGGACUGCAAGGACUCCAGCUGCCAAUUCUCUCUCAAGGUUACCCACUACCACUGCACGCGGGAGAAUUGUGGCUACAAGUUCUGUGGCCGUACCCACAUGUAUAAGCACGCCCAGCAUCAUGAUCGUGUUGACAACCUGGUUUUGGAUGAUUUCAAACGCUUCAAGUCUUCACUGAGUUGCAACUUCCCAGACUGUCAGUUCUCUGGCAAUAGCACACACUUCCACUGUCUGCGUUGUGGCUUCCGCUGCACUGACAGCACUAAGGUGACAGCCCACCGUAAGCACCACGGCAAGCAGGACGUCAUCAGUGCUGCUGGCUUCUGCCAGUUCAGCUCAAGCGUGGACUGCGAGGUGCCUGACUGCAAGUACAAACUCAAGUGCUCCCACUUCCAUUGCACCUACCCCGGCUGCAAACACACAGUGGUGGGCAUGUCACAGAUGGACUCGCACAAGCGCAAACAUGAGAAGCAGGAGCGAGGGGAGCUUCCUGCCAUCUCUCCUGGCCCUGAGGGCCUUGCCCACUCCACUCUCGAGUAUGACAUCCAGAACUCUUCCAUCAACCUGGACAGUUCCCUCAACCUCAGCACUGACAACAACAGCUCUCUCUUCUUCCUGCAGAAUGCAGCUGGUGUGGGCCUCAAUGAUUCCCUGGACCUCAGCAAGAAGCAGUCAGAAGUCACUGAAGGUCCAUCACCGAGCAGAGCCACGACUGCACCUCAGGAGAGGGGGGCGGUGGCAUCUGGCUCUGGUGAUGUGGAGGAUGAGGAUGACUCUUCCCAAGAGGAUGAAGAGGAGGAUGAGGAGGAGAUGAAUGAAGAAGAGGAGGAUGAUGAAGAGGAGGAUGAUGAUGAUGACGAUGAGGAUGAUGAUGAAGAGGAAGACCUGAACACAGAUUCUGAAGAAUCGCUGCCUGACCCUGAGGGCCUGGCCACUAAAGAAGAUGGAGAACCAGAGGAGGCUGCUUCUUCCACAGACCAUGGUGAUGCUUCCAGGCCACAGGGCGAGCCAGCCCUUACUCCAGCCCCAACUCCUGCUCCAGCUCCAGCUGCUGCCCCAGCCUCUACCGUUGCUCCAGCAGCCUCUCCUUAA